UUGAGAUUACAAGCACAGAGAAGAAAGAAAAGCCUCUUCCCAGACUAAACAUUCAUUCUGCAUUCUGGAUAUUGACAUCAGUAGUUACUACAUACUAUGUUGAAUUUUUUAAAACGAUUCAAGAGAUUAUUCAACAAGAAAGUUGGUGGUUUGCACUUGGCAGCUGUUUAUUGGUUGCCAGUUUGUCUGUGGCCUUAUAUUGCAUAAUAUAUCUUGAAUGGUAUCAUGGAAUUGAGGACUACGAUGCUAGCUACCCUGCACUGAUAC